CCCCAACCCAAAGACUCGAUCCCGAGCACACACAGGCUGCUUGCUUAAAAAAAUUUCAAAAAUAAAUUGAGAGAGAAGAUGUUAGGAAGAGCAAAACCCAAAGAUAUUUUUUAUUAUGAUCUCAGAUCUAAAAUCUGACUUUGGGUCCUCAAUCCGGUUCUACAUAAACAGAGAGAGAGUUGAGAAACGCAAAACCCAAAAACAGACACAGUAUUAGCCAUGGAGGUUCCAGAGCUUGAGCCUUCAAAAAUAGUAGUGACAGUUUUGUUGUUGUGGGUUUUGAGCUUGGUGGUAAGAGUGUGUAAUGCUCUGUUUGUGAAGCCCAGAAGACUGAGAGAAAUAAUGAAAAAACAAGGCAUAAAAGGCCCUCCAACAACUUUUUUGCUUGGUAAUUUGGGUGAUAUGAAUAAAGCACAAGCUAAACUCCAAAAGCCACCUCCUGGAGAGAAAGGGAUUGUACACAAUGUUCCUGCUAUUGUUUUUCCUACUUUCCCUCCAUGGACUAAACAAUAUGGUCCAACAUUCAUGUUCUCAAUAGGCAACAUGGAAUUUGUGCACAUAAAUGAUCCAGAAAUCGUAAAGGAAAUCACUUUAUGCACUUCCUUGGGCUUUGGAAAGCCAUCCUUCCCACAGAAACUGUUUGAUCCUUUGCUCGGCCGAGGUGUUGUCAACGCCAAUGGAUCUGAAUGGUCUCAACAAAGAAAAAUCCUUGCUCCUGAAUUUUUUAACGAGAAGGUCAAGGGUAUGACAAAGUUGAUGGUUGAGUCGGCAAGCAUAGUAGUGAAUUUAUUAGCUGCUGAGAUUGAAAAAAAUGGUGGAGUUGCUGAUAUUAACGUUGAGCAUCAUACCACAAAAUUCGCCAGAGACGUAAUUUCAAGACUUUGUUUUGGGAGCAAUUACUCUGCUGGAGAAGAGAUUUUCUCAAAGCUUAAAGUUCUUGGAGAUAUUACUUCUAAGAUUGGCACAAUCAAUGCAUUAUUCCCUAUCAUGAAAUAUGUUCCUACAAAGGACAAUAGAGAAUCAACAAGGUUAGAAAAGGAGAUUCGAGCAUUGGUUCUCAAAGUUGUGAAAGAAAAAAAACAAGUAGGAAAUCAAAAGGAUAUACUGCAACUAAUCUCUGAAGGUGCUAAAAAUAUUGGGUUAGACCAAGCUGCAGCGGAUCGUUAUAUUGUGGACAAUUGUAGGAAUAUAUAUGUGGCAGGUUAUGAGACAACCGCUGCAUCCGCAAUGUGGACUUUAAUGUUGUUGGCCAUCAACCCAGAAUGGCAAAGUAGAGUACGAGAGGAAGUUCAAGAUAUUUGUCAGGGACAAAUGCCUGAUGCCGACAUGAUUCGCAAGAUGAAAGUUUUGACUAUGGUAAUCUAUGAGUCUUUGCGUUUGUACCCUCCGGGACCCCUACUGUCGAGGGAGGCCUUAGAAGACCUAAAAUUUGGGAACAUUAAGAUUCCAAAAGGGCUUAAUGUUUGGACAUUGUUCCUAACAUUACACUAUGACCAAGAAAUUUGGGGACCAGAUGCUCAUGUUUUUAAGCCUGAGAGGUUUGCAAAUGGCAUUAGUGGCUCAUGCAAGCAUCCCCAUGUGUAUAUGCCAUUUGGUGCUGGUGCUCGUAUAUGUUUGGGACAACACUUUGCGAUGGCUGAGCUUAGAAUCCUGCUUUCUCUAAUAUUAUCCAAUUUCUCAUUUUCUUUGUCACCCAAGUAUAGGCAUUCACCUAUUCUGAAGGUCAUCAUUGAGCCUGAACAUGGAGUGGACUUGAUAAUGAGGAAGCUUUAAGCUACCAAAACUGUUGACUUUGUUUCUUUCGCAAUAAGAGAUGGCUUCUCUUUCAUUUUAA